AGAAACUUUCCAUAAUAAUAUUAGGAGCUCUUGUCUUGUUAAGUCCGAUUCUUUAUCUGAAAAUGGGUCAUACUCUGACCCCGAUGAACCCUCUUGCCCCCCUAAAUGUCCCUCACCACGAAGUGAUUCAGCCUCCAGUGAAUGACGUUCUGGUCGCGGUGAUUCAGAAUAUUGUGGGGCGUCUUGAGGUUCUAUUUUCGCAGGUCCUUCGCCGGACCAAAUUCUGGCCGUCACCAAUCGGGUGAUGGAGGAUGUGAUGGACCCCGGCCAUCACCCCGGAGGAAAGACUCCAAGAUGCCUUGGAGUUCUUGGACUCUCUUGAUCAGGAAGAAAGAUUGAAUUCCUUAUACAAAGUCAUAAGGAAGGAAAUCAAACGCGUUGUUUGAGAAGGAGAAAAAGGUAAGACGAGCCUGACAAAGAAUAAGAAGAAAAGCUCUCCCUGGACUCUAUGACGCUUUCUAAGCCUCACAUAAUUUGAAUUUCUCUGACAUUCUACGUUUCCGAAACGGAUCCUAUCAAAUAUUUCACAUUUUCUAUGAUCAUCUCUAUUUUAGGUAUUCGGGGAAUCCUCCUUAAUAGACGAAAUAUUCCUAUUAUGUCAAUGCCAAUUGAAUCAAUGUUAUUAGCUGUCAAUUCGAACUUUUUGGUAUUUUCCGUUUCUUUGGAUGAUAUGAUGGGUCAAUUAUUUGCUUUAUUAGUUCUAACAGUGGCAGCUGCGGAAUCUGCUAUUGGAUCAGCCAUUUUCGUUAACACUUUUCGAGUCCGAGGGACUAUUGCAGUCGAAUCCAUAAAUUGCAUUCAAGGUUAAAGAAGACUACAGGAGAGUUACCAAAUACAAAGUGAAGUUCUCCUUUCGUUCUCUUCUUUCUUUUCUUUUUCUUUUUGGACUUGGCCGCCGGGUGUCCUACACAACUUCCCGUUCCGUUGCGGAAAGAUAGAUACGGAUAACGUUUCCCAAUGAGAUUGAGUUCAACGGAUAUGCAGGAUAGAAAUAUGCUAUUUGCUGCUAUUCCAUCUAUUUGUGCAUCAAGUUCGAAGAAGAUCUCAAUCUAUAAUGAAGAAAUGAUAGUAGCUCGUUGUUUUAUAGGCUUUCUCAUAUUCAGUCGGAAGAGUUUAGGUAAGACUUUCAAAGUCACUCUCGACGGGAGAAUCGAGUCUAUUCAGGAAGAAUCGCAGCAAUUCUCCAAUCCUAACGAAGUCAUUCCUCCGGAAUCCAAUGAACAACAACGAUUACUUAGGAUCAGCUUGCGAAUUUGCGGCACCGUAGUAGAAUCAUUACCAACGGCACGCUGUGCGCCUAAGUGCGAAAAGACAGUGCAAGCUUUGUUAUGCCGAAACCUAAAUGUAAAGUCAGCAACACUUCUAAAUGCCACUUCUUCCCGUCGCAUCCGUCUUCAGGACGAUAUAGUCACAGGUUUUCACUUCUCAGUGAGUGAAAGAUUUGUCCCCGGGUGUACGUUGAAAGCUUCUAUCGUAGAACUAAUUCGAGAGGGCUUGGUAGUCUUAAGAAAGGUUCGGGUGGGGGGUUCUAUUUGUAAAGAAUAAGGAAGAGGAAUCGAAUCUAAUUCAUGUGUUCAUGCGGAAAGAAGAGCGGAUCCAAUACACCAAGACCUCGGUUGU